UUUCUAACAACUCCACAGAGUGAAUACAACAAAACAUGCUUUCGUAGAUGAUGGAGGAGCUGAAUUUGUCGACUUAAAUGUCUGUACCAGUGACUCGGCAAACGAACAAACCCUGAAUCGAAGUAAACAUCAAAACAUGGCGUCGAUACUGUCAGAAGAUUCGGUAGAUAAUUUUUCAGAUCAUUCUCAGUUUUCUUCGACAUGGGAUGAGAAUAUGUGUGACAAAAGUGACAGUAUAUUCACCAGAUUAAUCCAAAACGAUAAAAAUACCAAUGUAGUGAAUAAUAUAUUCAAUAGACAAUUAUAUGGAAGGUUUACCAAACAUCCUAAAGCCAAGACUGAAAGAAUAUUUCAUAACAUCCAUACAAAAUGCAGAUACGCCUUGAAUUCCUUAAUAAAAGACCCGGACACUUUCAAUCACAUUUUUAUGGGCUUCACCAUGUGUGGCCAAUACUUCGUCAGUUAUACGGAAAAAAUGUACCAAUACAUGGGGCCCCAGAACUUCAGUCCCACCUAUGAAUACGAGUUGUUCUUGUGGAGGUUCGUCCCGGGCCAAAAACUCACAUUACUUUCCAAACACAAAAUAUUCAAGCAUCACAACAAUCUUAACCUCAAAGGGUCAGAAGUACUCGAUAAAGUUAUGUUCCUACAGUUUCCUAGAGAUUUAUAUAAAAUUGUUUGUUAUGGAUUAGCAGCCACAAAUCCAGAUAUAGUGUAUGUUUCGAUAUUAACUCUACCAGCGCCAAAAAACUGUAGGCACUGUAAUCUUCAAUUCUACUUGGAUGACUCCGUCAACCAGGGCUGGUGCGUGAAGCAUGGCUUCAUCGUCCACUACAUGUUCGCCAUGUCCCAGCCGAGCCCCGUCUUCGACCCGUACAUCUCGCUGGCAUACCCCAACCACCUCAUCAUCAACACCGGCCACCACAUCCACAUCCUGAACGUGUCGACGAUGGAACCCCCCCAAGCGAGCAGCGUUUCUCUCUCCCCCUCCGCCGCCGAAGAGAAGCUCCUCUCGAACACACCUACGCACGCGUUCAACGAUGCCCUCAGCGAGGUCUCCGAGACGGCGAGCGAGCACUUCGGCUCUACGAGUGUAGUCGACGCCAUUCUUGAGGAUUUCAGCGAGUACGACCUCGAGUCGAACGAGUGCAACAAGCCGUUCCACGAGCUGAACAUCAGCUGUGAGCCGUUGAACGUCACCGGGAAGAGCUACCACAACACUCUAGUGCAGAACAUCGUAGAUCCGCGCCUGAAGAGGCUACAAACGGGAGGAGGGGGAGGCAAGGAAUAUCUCUUCUCAGUGCCGCAGAGCUCGGGUGCGACCCAGAAGACGUCCGAGAAGACGAAAAUUGACAAAAAGAUCGCAGAGAAGGCGUACGAGUUCAUCGAGGAGAACGAGAAGUACGAGAAGAUCAGCUCGUUCAGGAAGAAACGGCUGGCCGAGAAGAAAUACGAGUUUUCGGAGGACAACAGCGAGAACAUCGUGCCGUUCAAUUCGCUGAGGCGGGAGCGCAGGUAUCUGUACCGAUCUCAGACCCGAUGCAUCCGCUCCCCGGACUACAAUUCCCUCUUCCUGAGCCCCCGAUCGCCGAUGCAGUCUCCGAAUUCGCGCAGCGGCCAGUUCUCGCCGAGCGGGGGCGCCAGACACCUCUACAGCCCCUCCGUCCGCAGCUCCCCUCACCACUCUAAGUCUCCCAUCAGCCCGAAGGAGAGCGCCAGGAAGUUUUACGUGUACUCGCCGAGUCUGGACAGCGACUGCUCCGACACCGACUCGAGGUUGGUGCUGAGGACGUCGAAUGCUACUGCGGAAAGUAGGUUCGCUAGUAACGGGCUGUUGAUUAUCGAUCCUAAGUUGGAGACGCCCAAGUGGAUCAAGAAGGUCGUCAGAAGGUAUUCGAACGGGGACUUCGAGAACGGUUCGUUGGUGUCCGGGCAGAGCAGAGAUGACUAUAAUAUUCCAAUAGAGAUACCUCUGCUGGUCCAGAACCUGACGGAACAGCAUUUAGACGUAGUACCCGAUUUCAAAGUGGAUCAGGUGACUGAAAUGCAACUCAUAGUUACUCAGAGAUCUUUUGACUGCGAACACUUUGUCCAAAGACGAGCGCAAAAACUGUGUUCUGAAGCUCAGCUAGAAUUUUUACAUUGUGAUGACUACGAUAUUAGAAUUAUACAUAUUUGUCCAAUCAACGGCCAUAUAAUUUGCCAUGCCAUAAUAAAAAUAGGAGCCUUGCGGAAGAUCGAUCCGUACGGCAAACCGGAGAACUUCACCGCCAACUUCCUGUUCACGUGGAGCAUCGAAUCGGACGCUUUCGAUGUUCUCGAACAAAACAAGGAGUCGACGAAACUGUCUCCUUGCAGCGAACCUCAAGAUAUUCCCGAAUACGAACUCCUCCCGACCAAAGACGUCCUCGUCAUGGACUUCAACUAUGCCGCAUCGAAAACCAGCCUCAGGGACUUCAACAAUUACUACGAAAUAUGCUUAGGAUCUGCCAACGUGGCCCACAUCAGGUUGCACAACUACGUCACGCAGGGGUAUUCCAGCGACAGCGAUUGAGGGCCCUCUGAUGAAUGGGAAAUACUGAGCAUCAUUAAGUUCAGCUCGAUCAAGUAUGGGUUUGUCUGAAUGAAUGUAGUGAGAGUUGUCGGUUAGUCGAGUGCUAUUUGUCUACAAAUUGUCAAAUAGUGUAAACUUGCACCGCUGGAGAUAACUGAUCAAACUUUUUUUUUGGUUUGUCGGCCUUGGUCUGCAGGUUUUUGUGCCUGACGUUUCGUCUACGACUGCGGUAGACAUCAUGAAAAGCGAUGAGACAAAUGACGGAGGUUUCCUCACAGUAGAUACUGCAUUGUUGGUUUCGGUCUCCAGUUUCGUGACCUGAGAGCAAUUAAGUUCAGGUAGCCAGAUUUUAUUAAUGUUAAUCCGUCUUCCUUUCGGUUGAGAUUGUUUGGUUUUGAAUUCCUAUUACUUUCCAGUGACUUCUAUGAAAAAAGAGAAAGAAAGAUUCUUUUUUAAGACUUAUGUGAUGGACAGAUUUUGUUCUUAUUUAUCCAUAUUCGGAGUUUAUUUUAAUAAUGUUUUAGACAGUAACUGCUGUGAAAAAGCAAGAUUUUUUCAUUAUAGAAUUUCAUAAUUGUGCAAAAAGGUAGUAAAACAUUUUAUUGAUCCUAAAAUAUUGAGGAGAAAUAUUUUUCAAACUAUGACAUGGAACAAGAAAGCACCAAACGACUUUCCAGGGAUGGUUCGCCACUAAAAAAAAUUUAGGUCUGAUAAAAAACUCCAUCAGCAACAUUAAGUGUACUAUUAGUCCUGGAAUGAUGAAUGAAAGGAACAUUUCAUGACAUAUUCCAUAAUAAUGGGCAAAGGAAUGGGUAAAUAUCAUAUUUUUCCAGAUUAUUUUCAUACAACCAUCUCCACUUUCACUUGUUAUCUGUAGCGUGUCAUCGUUAAAGUCAUUUGUCACUUGUCACUACCACGGAACACGUAAAUUAUUAUCUAUGGUUCUUUGAUUGAAAAUGGACGAACUAUGAAGUCAAAUUUUAUAUAUCAAAGAUGUAGGGUGCUUGAAAAUAAAGCAUGCCAGAAAAAGAGAUGCAUAUAAAGUAGUUCCAUAGUUUUUUUUAUUUUUAUGUAAACAAAGCGGUGUUGUCAGAUAUCAAAUCGAGAUAGAUCUGGCAUUAUAGCAAUACCUGAUGGUACUCAGAAUUCUCGAGAGGAUUUUGACAAAAAUUUAUUGUUUUUAUCCGAACAAUUCUUGAAUGUGGUUGACAAUGUUUCUCGGUACAUAUAAAGAAAUAAUGAGAAAAAACAACUUAAAAUACCAGGCCAGAAAUAUUCGAAAUGAAUUGAUUCAAAAAAGGAAUUAAUAUACAAACAAAUGUAAAAAACCAAUUGAAAAAAUAAAAAGGGUAAAAUUUUCAACCUGUAGUUUAUUUACAAAACUGUCACACUUAUUUCACUAUACAAUAGCUUCCUGAUUUGUAUUCAAUUGACUUUUGAUUUUAAUUUCAUUGAUUUCACAUUCGUUGACACUUUUUGAAAUAACGAAAUAACCUCCCAGUUGAGGCCAUUUGUAGUGAUAUUCCCGAUGUUCUUGCCUGGCACCAAAACGCCUACAAAUUAUCGUUGUUGAUUUUGUUUCUCUUAGAUUUGCGGUCGCGUGAAUUCGGGUCCGUUUUUGGCAAAAGUAAUCGUAGCUGAACUUUUGAUGCCUGUAUUUUCUUUUGGUGUACGUCUGAUGUUUAGAUACUCAACGCUUUCUUAUUUAUUGAACUGAAUUUGUAUAUUGAGAACAGUACUCUUGAAUUUUAUUUUGGAAAUGUUGAUUUUCCAAAUCGAAACUUUUGUAUUUAAGUUACUUAUGUAAGACGUUGAACUGUGAUGUUAAUGUUGUGAAGUUUAAGAAUAAAAUCUGUUUAUAAGUGGUU